AUGGUCGAACACUAUCACACAAAACCUCAUUAUCAAAUAAGCGAUACAAAAAAUGUCAACUUGUUAAAUGAACGUGAAGCAGCUACAUUCAAUGUUGAAGAAAUGACACAAUUUAUGUUCGGUGAACCAGGAAAUUAUUUUGAGAUAAAUACACGACUUCGUUGGGCCGUUUCUCAUACAAUACAUCGCACACAUUUACCACUUGAAUUUCUCGAUGCUGAUGAACACUAUUCAGUUACUCUUCGCAAAAGUCUUUUGGCUAUUCAAGAAGCAGACCGUUUGAAUAUUACCAAUAACAAACAUCGUCUAUGGUUUUUUCAUGUAUUCACUAAUAGUCAUUUUCUAUUUUAUGUUCAUACAUCCAUGUGUUUAUAUGCUCUUGAAACGUUGGGAAAUGAAGAACAAAUACAGCAAUUUCUGCCACUUGCUCAAUCUUUUCGUAUCAUUACAACUUAUGCUCAAACAGAACUAGGUCAUGGGACAGAUCUAAGACGAUUAGAAACGGAGGCUGUAUUCGAUCGUAUGACUGAUUCAUUUGUACUUAAUACACCUACGUUGACAUCGACCAAAUUUUGGCCAGGUGCAUUAGGUAGAACAGCUAAUUAUAUUCUUCUUAUGGCUCAAUUAUACACACCUAAUCGUGAUCAUCCAUGUGGAUUGCAAAUGUUCUUGGUACAAAUUCGAGAUUUGAAUACGCAUGAACCAUUGCCAGGUGUAGAAUUAGGUGAGAUAAGCACUCGAUUUGCACAUGCUGCUGGUGACAAUGGUUAUCUUCGAUUAAGUAACUUACGUAUUCCACGUACACAAAUGCUCAUGAAGUUGGCUCAGGUUGAUGAACAAGGCAAUUUUCAUCAUCGAGGCGAUGCUCGUCUUUUAUAUAGUGCAAUGAUUCAUAUGCGUAUUCAUUUAUGUUAUACUUUUGCAGUUUCUCUUGCUCAAGCGGUUACUAUUGCUAUACGUUAUUCAGCAGUUCGAUUUCAAGGACAAAGUCCUAAUGGGAGUGAAAUACAAAUACUUAAUUAUGUGCUACAACAAGACAAAUUAGUGCCAUGCCUAUCUACUGUUUAUGCAUUUCUCAUUGCCUUCAUGAAACUUGAUACCUACUUCAAUAAAUUAAAAACAAAUGACAUCGUUUUUCUUGAUCAAUUACCAGAACUUCAUGCACUUUCGUCGGGUUUAAAAGCAUAUACAUCAUCAGUAGGUGAACGAUUUGCUCAAGUGUGUCGUGUGGCUUGUGGUGGUCAUGGUUUCUUGGUAGCGAGUGGAAUAGUGGGAAUUAAAAACUAUUUUGAUGCGGUGUGUAGCGCUGAAGGUGAUAAUGUUGUAUUAUUCCAGCAAACUGCGAGAUAUCUUCUAAAAGUUAUGCAACAAGUUGAAGAGCACAAUGGUAAAAAUAUUGACUCGUCCAUUGCUUAUUUGCAUUUGCCAUUAUGGUCUUCAACAACGAUAAUCAAUCUUGAUGAUUAUUGCCGUCUAUUCGAUAGCCGAUCUCAAUUGCAAGUAUUUAAACUUAAUUAG